AUGGACGAGAACAGUCUUCUACAGUCAGAUGAGCCUCAAUCCCUCAGUGCUCUCCCGUCGCGGAUUUCGGCCGAAGAUAUGGAGCUUCCCAACCACUCACAUGACGGGUCUGUGUCGCUUUUAUCAGCACUGACUUCUACUACAAACUGCAACAGGAAUUCUGGAGACCAAAGGGAGGCUGCCCCGGCCUAUACACCGAUCUACCGCCAACUGCAACCACAUCUUGGCGUGCACCACCAGGACGAUGAACCUCCCUUUCAGAGCGACAAGUGCGUCCAUCGACUAUGGCUGUGGGAGAUAUUGAGCAUCACAGUCGCUGCACUCGCUCUUGUGGCCAUUGUGAUCACACUGGUCCUUCACAGGGACCAUCCCCUACCUAAGUGGCCGUCGGCAAUUACAAUAAACGCCCUCAUCGCCGUAUUCACCGCUGUGUUCAAGGCGUGUCUGAUGAUGCCGAUCGCUGAAGCUAUUGGCCAGUUGAAGUGGCUGUGGUACCAGAAGUCGAGGCCGCUUAGACAUAUGGAGCAUUGGGAUUUGGCUAGCCGAGGCCCAUGGGGCUCUAUGCUUCUGAUAUUUCUGCUGAAAAGCCAGAACCUUGCAGUCAUUGGUGCUAUCCUCACAGUAGUGGCAAUGGCAGUUGACGCUUUCACUCAACAGGUAGUCCAAUUCUACAGCUGCCCAACGGUGGUCGACGGCGAACGUGCGACGGUGCCUUUCUCCAAUAAUUACACCGCUGACUUCUGGGGAACUCAAUCGGACCCGCAAAUGCAGUCGGCCACAUAUGUCGGACUGAUUGACCCGCCUGCAAACAUUUCUGCAGCUCUUAAGUUUGAAUAUAAGACGGGCAACUGCACUUUCCCUUCGACGGACGACGGGGUGACAUUUAUGUCCCUCGCACUGGAGAGCCGAUGUACCGACAUUGGAAAAGAUGUUGCUUUCUCUACGGGCACAAGAAAUUUCACCGACUCUGUUUUUGGGCAUGAGACAAACCCUAAGAUGGCGACGGUCAAUGCCAUACUGCCGAGUUAUAAGCUACAGUUGAACAAUUAUUCAUCCAAUGUGAUGCAGUCAGGGUCCCGAGCAUCCACUAGCUGCCCCUCGCAUUUUCUGAGACAGGUUGCAUUCCUAACGAUGUCCAGCCGUUGGGGAUAUCGAGGCGAGCCGCAGGACUCGCACGCUUUCGAGUGCGGGUUCUAUCCAGCCGUGAACACCUACAGCGCCAAUAUUACGAACGGGGUGUUAUUUGAGCAAGUUUUGGACAGUCAACGCAUGGAUUACCCCCAGGCCCGGCUAAUCGUCAACAGGACCAUUAGGGAAGGCAAAUGGCACGAAUGUACCGGCAAUCCAGGCCCUUCCGACGAGAACAACGUCCCUGUGGACAUUGACUUCAGUGUUCAUUCUUGUGGGUCAGCAAUUCUCUCGGGCAACACUCCAGAAGAAAUGACCGACCCCUCCUACAACAUCACGUGGUGGGCCCACGACUGCGUAUACUCACUUGACCUUGACAUCGCGGAAGGUCUGUCCGAAGCUAUCUCCGGUCUUCUGGGUACUGGGACCCUGUCCUACGACUGGGCAAUCGAACACGCAAAGGGGGACCCCUGGUCUGUCAACCUCUGGAACAACGGUGCCCCCACGCUGGACACGGUUCAGGCCAUCAUGGAUGGGAUGACGCGCUCAGUCACUGCACGCUUGCGGCAGGGCAAUGGGAUCGGCGUCAACAUGGGCCCGGCGAAUGGGACUGUUUGGGGGAUGCAGACCUGUGUGGGCGUGAACUGGGGGUGGCUUGCCCUCCCGGCUGGGCUGCUGCUCCUCACAAUUCUGUUCCUGGUCCUUAGCAUCAUCAGGACAAGUUCAAGGCAGGCCAGGGUUUGGAAGAGCUCCAUAUUCGCAGUGCUGUUCAGUGGCCUUGAUCAAGUAACGAGAAAAUCUGAUGGGCCAGUGGUAAGCCUGGAGGAGAUGAAGGCUGCUGCUGAUAGAGCGACGGUUCGCCUUGAGGACACCAAAGAGGGUUUCCGCCUGGUCGGCCAAGCUUAG